GAAAGAGUCCGGCCAAGCCGGAUGGACGAGUACGGCGCCUGCCAAGGACUAAAAAGCUCUUGGCCCAGCGGGCGGGGCCUAGCUAGGGAGUGGGCGGGGCUUACUGGUUGUGAUCGGAACAGGGCUCUGAGGCCGCGUGGAGGGCGGAGCGCGCUUCUCCAGAGGUGGAACGGGUAAUCCCAGCGCCCGCGCCUUCUGUCUGCACCCCUUCCUUGCCGGCCGGUACUUCGGCUGCACAGUUUUACCCAAGCCUCAAGACUUAGUGAGCAGAAUUUACCCACUUCUCUGGUAUAACGAAUUCUCAUGGCUGGGAAUAAAGGACGUGGGCGUGCAGCUUAUACCUUUAAUAUUGAGGCCGUUGGGUUUAGCAGAGGUGAAAAGUUACCUGAUGUAGUAUUGAAACCACCUCCUCUAUUUCCCGAUACAGAUUAUAAACCAGUGCCACUGAAAGCAGGAGAGGGUGAAGAUUAUAUGCUGGCCUUGAAACAGGAGUUGAGAGAAACUAUGAAAAGAAUGCCUUAUUACAUAGAAACACCUGAAGAAAAACAAGAUAUUGAAAGAUAUAGUAAAAGAUACAUGAAGGUGUACAAAGAGGAAUGGAUACCAGAUUGGAGAAGACUCCCAAGAGAAAUGAUGCCAAGGAAGAAGUGCAAAAAAGCAGGCCCCAAAUCUGAAAAGGCGAAAGAUACAAGCAAAGGCGUUUCACUCACUAAUACUGCAGAUGUGUUGAAAAAAAUCGAGGAGCUGGAAAAGAGAGGUGAUGGUGAAAAAUCAGAUGAGGAAAACGAAGAGAAAGAAGGCGGCAAAGAGAAGAGUAAAGAAGGUGAUGAGGAGGACGACGAUGACGCCGCAGAACAAGAGGAGUAUGAUGAAGAAGAGCAAGAAGAGGAAAAUGACUACAUUAAUUCAUACUUUGAAGAUGGAGAUGAUUUUGGUGCAGACAGUGACGACAACAUGGAUGAAGCAACCUAUUAGCUAGGAAAUUUCUCCAAAAAUAUCUUGAUGAUACCACUUCUGAACAUUUGAACAGACUUGUUUUCUAUUUCUGAUAAGGGAUAUUAUAUUUUUGUUCCUCUUUUGCUGGGCAGAUACUUGCUGUCGAAAUACUCAGAACCACUUUGAGUUUACAUACUACUUACCUUACCAAUCAGUCUCUGAUAUUCUGACAUUUCCUUCUCAACACCCCUGUCAUCCGUCUUAUGUAUUCAAGUGGAUUUUUCUUCUAUCACUGGGAUUUCAAUGUGCCCAGAGUUUUUGCAUUUUUUAAUCUAUGUAUUCAUACUUGAACAAAUUACUCUUAUGGAACUCGAUCUGUUGUAAAACUGUUACUAAUCAUUAUAGUGAAUUUCUCUAGUCUGGAAGUUGAUGUAAUAAUACUGCACAAAGAGCACUUUAAAAACAAAGAAACUUGAAAGUAGUUUUAUCUUUUUCUUUUGCAUGGUCUGUUCUGUGUUGCAUUAUGACUACAAAACCCUACUGGAGCUCUUACAAUUGCAUAUUUUAUGAGAUUAGAAGUUUUGUGAUCAAAAACAUACAGGGAAAAAUGCCACUCUGAACUUCAUGAAUUUCCCAGGUCACAUCUCAGCCCGUACAAAAACCUGGAAUGAAUACUAAAAAAAUACUCGAAUUUGGAGCCAACUCAAUACCAUUUAACAUAUAAUCAUCUCACUGUCGUUAAGUUUUAUCUUUGA